CCCCAGCGCGAGGCCGCCCGGUGCUGCCGCCGGCCCACCAUGGACCAGGACUACGAGAGGCGGCUGCUGCGACAGAUAGUCGUCCAGAACGAGAACACCAUGCCGGGCGUUGCGGAGCUGCGGCGCACACUGACACCUGCCAACUCCCCGGUGUCCUCGCCCAGCAAGCACGGAGACCGCUUCAUUCCCUCGCGGGCAGGGGCCAACUGGAGCGUGAACUUCCACCGCAUCAAUGAAAAUGAGAAGUCACCCAGCCAGAACCGCAAAGCUAAGGACGCCACCUCAGACAACGGCAAAGAUGGGCUGGCCUACUCUGCCCUGCUGAAGAACGAGCUCCUGGGGGCAGGCAUCGAGAAGGUGCAGGACCCGCAGACAGAGGACCGCAGGCUGCAGCCCUCCACGCCCGAGAAGAAGAGCCUGUUCACGUAUUCCCUCAGCACCAAGCGCUCCAGCCCCGACGACGGCAAUGAGGUGUCCCCGUACUCCUUGUCCCCCGUCAGCAACAAGAGCCAGAAGUUGCUGAGGUCGCCCCGGAAACCCACGCGCAAAAUCUCCAAAAUCCCCUUCAAGGUCCUGGACGCGCCCGAGCUCCAGGACGACUUCUACCUGAACCUGGUGGACUGGUCUUCCCUCAAUGUGCUCAGCGUGGGGCUGGGCACCUGCGUGUACCUGUGGAGCGCCUGCACCAGCCAGGUGACACGGCUCUGUGACCUGUCUGUCGAAGGGGACUCAGUGACCUCAGUGGGCUGGUCUGAACGGGGGAACCUGGUGGCGGUCGGCACCCACAAGGGCUUCGUGCAGAUCUGGGAUGCAGCUGCGGGGAAGAAGCUGUCCAUGCUGGAGGGCCAUACGGCACGUGUUGGUGCCCUGGCCUGGAACGCCGACCAGCUGUCGUCUGGCAGCCGGGACCGCAUGAUCCUGCAGCGGGACAUCCGCACGCCGCCCCUGCAGUCUGAGCGGCGGCUGCAGGGCCACCGGCAGGAGGUCUGCGGGCUCAAGUGGUCCACGGACCACCAGCUGCUGGCCUCAGGGGGCAACGACAACAAGCUCCUGGUGUGGAACCACUCCAGCCUGAGCCCUGUGCAGCAGUACACGGAGCACCUGGCGGCCGUCAAGGCCAUUGCCUGGUCCCCCCACCAGCACGGCCUGCUGGCGUCGGGCGGGGGCACGGCCGACCGCUGCAUCCGCUUCUGGAACACGCUGACCGGGCAGCCUCUGCAGUGUAUCGACACCGGCUCCCAAGUUUGCAACCUGGCCUGGUCCAAGCAUGCCAACGAGCUGGUGAGCACUCACGGAUACUCACAGAACCAGAUCCUGGUCUGGAAGUACCCGUCCCUGACCCAGGUGGCCAAACUGACCGGCCACUCCUACCGUGUGCUCUACCUGGCCAUGUCCCCUGACGGUGAGGCCAUCGUCACUGGGGCAGGGGACGAAACUCUGAGGUUCUGGAACGUCUUCAGCAAAACCCGGUCAACAAAGGAGUCCGUGUCGGUGCUCAACCUCUUCACCAGGAUUCGGUAAACCAGUUGCCGGCACCGCCUCCCCAUCCGGGACUGCAGACUGACGCGUCCAGCUCCCCGUGCACGGCCCCUCCCCCGCACACCCCUCAAGUGGAAGCAAGGGGCGGGGAGCUGGGCUUGGACCAACCCGAAGAUUCCAAUUAAAUGCCUGAUUGUGAACUGUGUGGGCCGGUGUCUGGGGUGGGGGCACGGCGAGGGACCCUGCGCCCACCUGGCGGGCACCCAGGGGCCAAGUGGACACAUAUCCUCAGCCCGGCCCACCCCUCAGAUGCUCAUGAGGCCCUCUUCCCCCGCCAAGGGGCAGCGAAGACCCCUGCACCCCCCAACGCUGCUUGUGCCCUCCCACCGGACCACCUCGGGAGGUACCUGGACACACAGCCCCCACCGGAGCCAGCGCCGCCAGCCUCCGAUGCCCGCCCUUCUCUUCCCGGAGCGGCCCACCUACUGUCGGACGCCCCGUCGGAUCUUGGUGCCUCUCAUGGUGGAGACUGAAGGAGCAGGUUUGGUGGGGUCGUGGUCUGAACAGGAGCGGGCCCACAGGAGAGAUCACUCGGCCCUGGAGUUCCCCGUCACCACCCCCCCCCCACGCAUGCGGGCCACCGUGGCUGGACUGCAGGCCUCCCCCAGCGAGGCCGUGUCCCCCACCCUGACACCACCACUGCCGCCUUCUCCUUGGCCACACCCCCACCCACCAGCGGCACAGCACUAGCCCAGAGGCCGCGUCCGCCCGCCCUGCCAGUAUGUACAUAUGUGUGUGUUGUCCUCCGCCCGCGCCUGUGUACUCGAGUGACGCCGCCAGCUCCGAGGAUCUCGUGUGGUUCCGUUUCUCUCCUUUUUUACAUAAGAAAACAGACCCGCCUAUCCCCCACCCACUCCGUGCAACUGCCAAAGAACCGCCGGUGGUCUGGGGAUGGGGACCCUGGCCCAGGAGGCUUGGUGCUGGGGCACAGGAAAGUCAGACCCUGGGAGGGGUGAGGCUAUGGCUGGGCCUUAGGGGAGGGGCGGUGAUGGCCGAGAGGCCCCCACCUGUGGGGCGAAAAUGUCUCGUCAUUAAACAAGUUGCAAAGUCA